CGUGCCCACGACAACGCUCUGAAGCAAAAACGCAGAUGUCCGUUUUUCCCCUCCACAAUUUAUCUGCGUUUAUCUGCGUUCUCACGAGCGUUUUGGGGGUGGAUAUCUGUCUAUCCAUGGGAACAGGGAAAACGUAUAAAACUCAUAAUACUCGCAGUUUGCCGAUGAAGUAAGCACGCCCCGGACGUAGGUGGCAGUAGCAACAAUACCAAAUGCCUGUUUUGUGGCUACUUCCUCCGCGUCAGUUAGAAGAAAAUGGCGAAGCGCGGCGGCAAUAACAGUACGCCUAGUUCAAACUUUGUUUGGACAGAUGAGGAGGUCCAGUUGCUGCUAAACACAACUUUAAACUACAAAGCCAGGAAGGCAGUGGAUAAUGUUGAUUGGGAGAGUGUCCAAAACAAAUAUACUGAAAUAUGGGAGUCGUUCAUGGAGAACUACCCACUAAACGACCCAAAGUACCCUCAUGCUAAGGACCAGGUUAGCAAAGGUCAUGUUGCAACCAAAAUUAAAGCCGUGCGCAUAAAAUAUAGGCAUGCUGUGGACACCCAGAGCCGUAGUGGGCACGGGAGGGUGGUGUCUUUGUUUUUCGAGCUAUGUGAUGAAAUUUGGGGUACCACCCCUGCCUCCACAACAGUAGAGCAUGGCCUCGAAACGGCAGACGUAAAUGAUGGGGCAGCAGAGCUGGGCGGUGUAGAACUAGCAGAAGCAGAAGAAUCGGUGCAGGAGGACAGCUCAUCUUCGGAGCCGGGCGGAGAAACUCUUUCGAGGAGGAGACACUUACUUCAGGCCAAACUCAACAGCUACAAGACAAGCAGGCUUCAGAAGAAAGUGCGGAGCGAUGAACACCAUGAAGCCCUCCAAAUUAAAAAGAGGAUUGCCGACAUCAUGGAGAAUUCGGAAAGGGAACACAGUUCCAGAAUGGAUGCAUUAGUGACUGCCCAAACCAGGAUGAGCCAGUCUUUUGAAACUCUUGUGAGACAUUUCACCUCACCCUCAUACAGACCAAACAUGGCUUUCUCACACAACGCGCCCACAUACCUACAGCCCAUGGCCUCCUCAAGCUACUUACCACCUGCCAUGCCCUCCUCCCACCAAUACAUACCACAAGAACCACACAUGCCCUCCUAUAACCCAUACAUGCCACCACCAGAACCAGCUAGAGCCUCAUGCCAGUCAGACACGGCACCACCAGCACCAUGUACACAGACACGAUACAUGGCCACCUCGCACACCUCACCUCACUCGCACACCUCACCUCACUCGCACACCUCACCUCACUCGCACACCUCACCUCACUCGCACACCUCACCUCACUCGCACACCUCACCUCACUCGCACACCUCACCUCACUCGCACACCUCACCCAUGGCCUCCUUAAGCACAUAUGUGCCCCCCUCCCACCCAUUCAUGACACCAGAAUCACCCAUGCCCUCCUCUCACCAAUACUUACCACAACCACCCAGGGCCGCCUCCUACACAGACCAGCUGCUUUCAGAAAGCACUGAUGAAGAAGACCAGGUUGAUCUUCUUUCAUUGUAAGUAGCCUAGCCGUGCUUACAUACUGUCAAAUGACUUGUUCAACGUUGUUGCCGUUGAUGCUACCUCAUGUGGCUAUGCAGGCCGAUUUUCGAGUAUACUUUAUAUUUCUAUUUUUGUACAGUGUUACUGUAUAUUUGGUUUAUGGCUGUCUUUGCAUGAUGUUCACAUGCACUUUGUCCUGAAUAUUUGACAUAAAAGGGUUUUUUAUGUUGCGUUGCACCUUAGUAAAACUGUCAUUUGCACUAUAUACAUUUUUUGGGGGAUUUAUGUUUUCUGUAUUUAUGUUUCAACAAGAUAAAAUACUUGAUUUCCCCCCUGAUUUGCAUGUGUUAUUGAGAAAAGUCUUACACACCUCAUUUUGACAGGUCACGAACAUCUACUGGACAAUCAGUUACCAACAGAAUGCUCCCCCUUGUUGUCCUCAUUUGUCAUCAUGUCUGCUAAUUCUAUGUAGUUACACAGAAAGUGUUACAACUGAAAUCAUAGGAGAUAUGACGUUUAAACAGUUGUCAUAUUGCAGAACCACUAAACAUAGUAAUCAUAAUCUUAGUAAAUUAAUGCAGGUUAUUUUGACAAAAAAGGGUUUUAUUCAUUACCUGUUGUAAUUACUGAGAACGAGUACAUAAAGUCAUGAACACAACACAUCACAAGUUCUGGUAGACUGAUCACAAAACAAUAUCAACACCAAAAAAAUAAUGUGCAUAAACAUAAACACAGGUGUCACCAGUAACUGUUUUACUGGCAAACAAGCUGAUUUUAAAAGAACAUAUUAUGGGUCCAGAUACUUGGUGAGGACUCUCCUCACCCGCUUUCCACCUGCCUCGUUGCAGUCUGUGGUAUAAUUGUUCCUCUGUGUGGGAGGUUGCUGGUCCCGAUCCAUUUGCACGGCUUCCUCUUGUGCAUGGUGAUUCACGGUCUCGUGGCAAGCCUCACAGUAGUUGUUGAGGACAAAACAGGCAUAAAUCACAGUAGGCAGGUCACUGAGAUUUAUGUCCAUUUGUCGCUUCAGGCAGGCGAACCUGGCCUUGAGGCGACCGAAUGCACACUCUAUGACCAUACGAGCCUUGCAUAGGGAGAGGCCAAAGUACUGCUCAGAAGGGGUUGCGCCUCCAUUUGCAUAUUCCUUCAUCAGGUAUGGCAGGAGGGGAUAGGCCGGGUCUCCCAACAGGAAGAUGGGGAUGGCUUCCUCAUCCUCCACUAUCUGCUUCUCCAGUGAGGGAAUCUUCCCAGUCUUCAAAAAACUGUUGACUUUCGAGUUGGCGAACAUCCGGGCAUCAUGCACACUACCUGGCCAUUUCACCACCACAUCCAUGAAUCUGCAACACAAAUGAAGCAUCAUGACUUUAAGGUUUUUUUAAAAGAGAAAACCCCCACAACAUGUACAUUUCUAACAAAAAUAGAUUAAUGAAUGGGUGUGUAAAUAUAGCUAAAUGUUGUGUCAAUAUGGUACUGUAGGCUUAUUAAUAUAGACUACAUGUAUAUUGGGCUAUAUUGGCUACAUUCUGUUAAUUUUUUUGUUACAAGGCUAUUGGAUGGGACAGACUGCUCUGUGCCCAAUUGAGUGAUGGUGGUGUAUAGCUGAUGUCUUUGGAGUGAUAAACUGCCUGUAGCCUUACCUGUACUUAUGGUCACAUACAGCUUGGACGUUCAGCGAGUAUCUUCUCUUCCUGUUUAUGUAGUCAGUGGCGUUCACAGGCGGCUGUUUGAUAUCGAUGUGUGUCCCGUCUACUGCUCCUAGACACUGGGGCAUCCCAUGGUCUUCUAGGAACCCAGCCACUAGCUCCUCAGUAUCCGGGACAGUGAAUGGCAGCUUUAUAUAUUUGGGUCCGAGAUGAACCGUAAUUGCACGGCACGUGUCUCGUACGAUCCUCGACACCGUAGAUCUCCCCAGACCAAAUGAAUUUGCUGUUUUGCGGAGGCGCCCCUCAUCGCUAAGAUAGUACAGUGUACAUGCCACCUUCUUCAGAGGCAGCACUGGCUGUCGCAUAUUAGUCGAUUGACCCUCGAUGUGAGGACGAAGUAGGUCAGUCAGGGCAUAAAGGGAGUCUUUGGUCAUGCGGAAAUUUUCGUACCACGCUUGCUCGUCCACCACAUCAUUAACGAAGUUCUCCCACCACUCGGAGCUUCUCCCUGGCCUCGUCCACACUCGUCUCUCACUUCGUCGUGUCUCCUCCUCCGGUGCGUCAAUAAUGUCCAAUAUCCGUUGGUAUCGUCUCCUAUGGUCUAAAUGACUCUCGGUAAAGAGUCUCGCCAUUUGUUGGCCUGCAUGCAUACCAUUCAACGCGGCUACUGCUACACGUUCAUCCAUGUUUAUCAAAGGGCAGGCUCAAAUUUGGCGCUAGAACGUCACUUCCAGAUGCCUGUGCAAAAAAAAAACCUGUGCAAAAAACGCACUUCUGCGUUUUGAACUGUUCCUACGGCGACGAGAGACUGGAACGUUUUCAAGAUCUCCACUUUGAGGGGCGUUUGCGUUUUCUCCGUUUUCAACUCCUAAAAACGCCGUCGCCGUGUGCACGAUAGGCACAUCUGUCGAAAUGUUCUACGUUUAUCUGUCGUUACCGUUGUCGUGGGCACGGGG